CUAACGUACUCCGAAACCCUUCUUCUCAUUUGCCGCUCCCUUCCUCCUGAUGGCUGCCGAUGUCUCCAUUUCUGUGAGUUUUCUCCUCUCUCUUCUCGACUCGGAGGUCGAAGGUACGAAGAUUCAGAGAAUGCGAAUGAAAGUGGAGAGAUCUUUUUUUCUCGUUUUCUUUUUUUUCAAAGACUUUCGUGUUUGCUUGUUGGAUUUCUCACGGUAAUUGAUUUAUUUAUAGAAGUGCUAAAAAUGUCCAGGAAUCGGGUGGGGGACCCUGUAUGAUUUGAAGAACUGAGGUUGGAUUUUGUGAGUGGAGUAAGAGGCGAAAGACUACUGGCUUCUUUUUUUAACUACGGAUUCGAAUCGAAAUUUUGGGCGGAUUUCUUGUUUCGAAAAUGGUGUUUUUGAGUCGUAUUGAUGGAGGUUUGUGUGCGGCUUUUGUCUGCGUCCUUCUCUAUAUUCUGGUGGAAUUGGCGGAUGGGAAUGUGGUCUUGAUUGGCAGGAAUCUGUCGAGAUCUUUUGAUGACAUUGAGGCUAAUUUCGCUCCGGCUGUAAGAGGAUCCGGCGAAAAUGGGGUCAUAUACACAGCCGAACCUCUUGAUGGAUGUACUCCAUUGACCAAUAAAGUGGUCAAUGAUUCAAGAUCCUCAUUUGCUCUAAUCAUAAGAGGAGAAUGUCAAUUUGAUGAAAAAGUUAGAAACGCACAAGAUGCUGGAUUUAAAGCUGCUAUUGUCUACAAUGAUCAAGAUCAUGGUCUAUUGGUUGCAAUGGUAGGAACUCCAGAUGGCAUCAAUAUACCAGCUGUGUUUAUCUCUAAAGCAUCUGGCGAUGUACUUAGGAAAUAUGCAGGUCUUACAGACAUGGAGUUGUGGAUCAUACCAAGCUUUGAGAAUUCAACAUGGUCUAUUAUGGCCAUCUCCUUCAUAUCUUUACUUGCCAUGUCGGCUCUGCUGGUUACAUGUUUCUUUGUGCGUAGACAACAUGUUAGACGUGAACGACCUAGAGCUUCUCAAAUCAGGGGUUUCCAUGGGAUGAGCAGGCGACUAGUGAAAGCAAUGCCAAGUCAGCUAUUCAUGUCAGUGUUGGAAGACGGUUGCACUUCACAAACAUGUGCUAUUUGCCUAGAGGACUACAAUGUUGGGGAGAAGCUUCGUGUGCUGCCUUGUCAUCACAAGUUUCAUGCUGUUUGUGUUGAUUUCUGGCUCACUGCAUGGAGAACUUUUUGCCCUGUAUGCAAGCAAGAUGCAAAGUCAAGCACAGCCCAUCCUCCAGCCUCUGAGUCUACUCCAUUACUUUCUCCGAUCUCUGCAUCCCCCUCUUCUUCUGCUGGAUCUUUAGCAGCAUCUCCACCUACACCAAUAGUUCCCUCGCCACCAUGGACACCAUCAGCUUCCCUCACUCAUUCACUUUCCUGUACUUGUGUUGUUAACCUGCAUAAAUCCUGUAUUAACUCACCAAUAGGUAAUACCUCUGCAGAUCUUCGAAAUGCAUCAUCUCGCAGAUCUUACUCCUCACAUGUUCUCUCUGCGCAUUUGCUGGGCUUUCCUUUGUCUUCGCCUUUCCACUCACAGUACAUAUCUUAUAUUCCUAGCUCCAGUAAUGCAUCACCUUGUUAUCUUGUUGGUUCAUCCAGUAUGCAGUCAUACGUGCAGCAUUACGAAUCAGAAGCAAGCCUCUCUGCUUUAGCUUCCACCCAAUCUUUGCCGGGAUGUUGAUUCACCUCAAUUGCCUCAAAAGUGUUGUCUUCUGCUGGCUCUGGCUCCCAUUUUGCAGUUUAUGAUAUACAAUCCAUGAUUGAGAGGGCAGCUCUGUAGCAGGAAUUUCAGUUAGAUAAAUGAGGUUCUAUGUUACCUCAUGCAACUAUUUGGUUUUGGAACCCUGUGGUGCUCUUGAUAUUAGAGAGAUUGUAUGCAUGACAAACAUGAAUGAGAUGCUUUGCCCUGACACUUUGUGGAAAGGUUUGAGGGCUGUGAUUAAUUUGGAUGCGAGAUGUCAUGUUUGACUAAAGAGGAAUGAUCUGAAUUUUGGAUUAAUUGUGAAACUUCAGUUGCUCUAUGGUCGUCAUCUGGAGCUUGCUGGAACUUUCUUGUUUGUUCAUUUUUGCUGCUAAUUCUACAUUAAGGUUAAUGCUUGUGAAGCAGUUGUAUGUAUGUUUCUGCUAUAAUUUCUGUUUUCAUGGUAAAAGA